AGUUUGUCAAGGUCAUUUCAUUGCUCAAGGGCGUUGUGCAUUAAGGUCCUAACUUUCAACUCUAUUCCCGUCUCUUCCUAUUCCCCUGAUUCAUUUACAGUGAUCUCUAGUGAAUAUCUCUGUUCGACGCCCUCGUAAUAUAUAUGACAGUUUCUUCAUCGGUGUAGAUGAACCGUUGACUUUCCCUUCUUGAAGACGACAUGAGAUGUUUGUGACUACCAGUCCCACACUACGUGGGACGCAUGAAAUAUAUUGUUAGCCAGGCUUUAAGGGAUAUGAAAGAUGCGCAUGACACUGAAAAUUUUGAGUUCAUGGGGCUAUCAACCUGCUGUAUGGUAUGGUGGGUGUGAUAGCCUUGAUAAUGUAGGUUUCGACAUCUCUGUAGACUCCUAUAAGCUGGGGUUUAAAUUCGGUAAGCCGCAUUAUAUCGCUCAUGUUGUUAAGUAUCCAUUAAUAACUACUUCAUGUUGACGAUAUCUGCAUUGGUGCCGACGCUUGCUUCGAGAACUAUUUAAUUUAGUGUACGGUAUACGUAGCCCAAUACUCCUGUUCACUAAUGACUUGCUUCUGACACAAUGCAGAUCCUCAAUUACUCAAAGAUUUAUGCAAUGUGAUCAUUGGGUAUCAUAAGUAGAUUUGUCAAUAUAUUUUCUUUUUAGCCUCAAGCUUGAGUUUCCCUCCAGCUUAAUAUUCCUACAUGAAAAAUAUUUAGCCGUUUAUGUUGCAAUUUCUAGUGAUGUUAGCAUGGGUUAUUAUAAACUUGGGUGUUGUUGAACUUGCAUUCCACAUUUUGCUUCGUGUUUUACCCUUCACAUUCCGCAAGCGUAAAUAAAUUUUCACGGUAAAUUUAUGGAGAGUCCAUCGCUUCUUAUAUCAGCUCUCUAGAUAUAAUAGAAUAACGAUUUCGAUCCGUUCUAUCCUCCCUGUGUUUCCAGCGAAUCAGCUUCUCCAAUGCUAUGGAAGACCCGAUAAGUCGUUGGCUGGAUGGUGUUCCGUUUUAAAAAUCCCAUAUUUUACUUCAGAAAGCGGAUUUCGCCAAAUCAUCUAUAGGAAUCUCUGAGAUGUCCUUAUUGAAAUCGACCAUAAUAUGUAGGAGUUGUCAAUUCAUGUUACGAGGAUCGAAUUCUCCCCAAUGUCUUUUCAACAGACUUAGUUAUCGUGUUAGACCAGUUCACUGGGAGAGAAAAAUCCCUGAUUGCCGAUAUAUCAGAACCUUAUUCACGCAGGCGAUAAAAAACAUUUAGACUAGUUUGAGAUUUAAACCAAACAACCAAUGCUAAAGAUAACUUGGGACGACACAAGUAGGUGACAAUUUUAUCCAACUGUUAUAUGCGUUGUACUCAAUGCAUAAGUUAACUCAAUGGAUAUUAGCAGAGACGUUAAUGAUUAAGAUGAAUAAUAUAAUUUCGCAUAAAUAUAGACAUUUAUUUCCUGGAUUUAUUUGUCACUAUUAUUCUGUGGUUGCUACAUCGAUAAAUGCAGGUAUGAGGGUUAGUAUAACCAUUUUACUGGAGCUUAAAGAGUGUUUUCAAAGCGCUUUACUUAUUGAUUUGGGCUUUUACAGGUCCUUAAUGGUUUCAAAUGUAUGGGGGUGGUUGUCACUUCCUGGUUUCCACAUGUUCGAAGAUUUCUUAUAGAUUGACUUAUAAAUGAUGUUAUGUAAGAUUUGGUCUUUAUUUCUUUAAUGCGUAUGCACAUAUCUCGUUGGAUUACUUUUUGACCUACGUCACAUGGUAUGUUUUGUGGGCAAUUUUCGUCUGGUUCCUCGUUUGCCUGUGCUUUUUGAUGUCAUUGUUCUGUCGUUUCAGUUUCUUAGCUAAUUGUCCUAAUACUUUUCAAAUUUUAUAAGCCUUGUUAUCGUCUCAUUUCACCUCGGCGUUCAAUUUAAUGGUUUUUGAUGCCAGAAUCGAGGAUGACAAAGUCGAGUCUGAUGUUCCGGGUAUUAUAUAUCUCUCAACUAUACCAAAUGGGAUGAACGUCAGCAUGAUUUCGGACAUUAUGCAACAGUUUGGUAAAAUUGGCAGAGUUUACUUGAUACCAAAAAAGAAAAAAGUAGGAAAAUACCGUCAAUAUGAAGAAGGUUGGAUUGAGUUUCUUAACAACAAAGUAGCUAGGCGUGUUGCCAAGCGGCUUAAUUGUACAGAAGUUCUUGGAUCAAAGCGUAAUCCGUGGUUUGGUGAACUGUGGAACAUUAGAUUUUUGAAAGACACUUCAUGGAACGACCUUUUUGGCGCUGAACGCGAAGAAGAAGAACAAAGACGUACAGCUCAUGAUCGUGAUAUAGUGGUCGCGAAGCAUCAAGCUCGCCAAUUUUCUGCAGCUCUGGAUGCAAAGAAACUAGAGAAAAAGAUGAAGCAAGUUAAAGGGAAAAGGUAUUUCUUUAACAUAUGCUUAUUUUUGCCAUCUUUUUUAUAGUUUGUUAACAAAUUUCUGAAGUUAUGUAUGAUAAAUUCCUCUUCAUGGAUUCAUUACAGUUAUGUACACCGAGAAAAAUUUCCUACUUCAAAUAAUUUGCUGUUUCAUCUGGUUAUAAAGAGUGUUAACUGUGGCACACAGUAUGAUUUAUGUAAUUAAGGGUAGAAAUAUCAAAGGAAAAAUCAUGCAUAUUAUUAUUUCUAAGCGUUAGUUAAUCCAAUAGCACAUCAAAAAUACCAAAAUGUUGUUAAGUAAAUCACUAAACGUUUAGAUAGUACGGAGCUUUUUUUGUUCAUUUAUUCCGGCUAUUUAAAUUUAAAUAAAAGGAAAGUUACGAUAGGUCCCUCAUGGGUUCUAAUUCUUAACUGUAUUUUACGUCUGAAGCAAAUAAAUUGUCAGUCGUUUAGAGUGAUUUCAUGAAUUCUUGAUUGAUAACAUAUAAUAUGAUUAUCCUCCACAUCGUGACCCCAUUUCAUAAAGUGAGCUUUAACAAUCCACUCGGUCCCUAUGUCACCAAACACGCUAAUGGUGGAAGCUGCUCCAAUGCCACAAAUAAAACUUAUUCAAGAAGCGUUUUGGUUCAAUUCUGUCAUAAAUGUGUACAAUAUUUCUCAGGGUUGAACACCUGACUCGCCGGUCAUGUUUACUUAUAAGCGAAGGUGUAGGUCGGGAUUGGACUCUUCGCAUUGUCUUACUAAAGUUGUAUAUAUUGUCAGAGGAAUAUAUUGGUAAUACUUGCAAUGAGUUCAGGGAACGCUUAUUAUUGGCUUUUCAUUGGGAGCAUAACCUCGUUUUUCAUACCCCAUAAUCAAAUAUUACCAUCCGCCAACCUUUUGAAAUCCCUCACUAAAUUAUUGGUAAACCAAACUAAACAUAUGAAGUCCUACAAAUGGUUUAACGUUGAGUCCUAUGUACUGUACUUCUAUAUACUGAUCAUUAACUUAAUAUUUACUUCUUAAAUUGUCUGUAAAUGCUCAGCAAAAGUGUUUUUCUUUCAUUUGGGGGUUUAGCAUAUUGAUACAGAUAAACAGAUCUGGAAUGUAACCUCAUAUUCUCUCCAGAACUUUUCUUAUAUCCAUAGGCAAUCACAAAUUAACACUGUUUACCAUUAAGCUUUCAAAAUAAUUUUGCAAACGGUCAUUAACACUAACAUCCCAUUGUUAGGUACAUUAAAAGACACGGAGACUUAGUAAUAUUCACAUGAUCCUUAAGUUCUCUACCUGUCUAAUCCAAUUCUAUUUUAGUAUCUUAUAUCCAGUAGAAAAUCUUAGUUAAAUUUUCCGUCGUUCUAGAUUUACUGAAAGAAAACCAGUCCGACUGAAUCGACGUCAAAAGCUUACAGAAGAUGAAAUCAAAGAAAAACUUGCUCAUUCUAGUCGUACACCGCCUGAAGGAUGUCUUGGCUUCUCAGCUGUUUCGAAUCCUGAAUUUAUGGGCAGUCUUUUUGCCGGUGGUCUGUAAUUUUUUUACUGAAUUAUUGUAUAUGAGAUGUUUAUAUAGUUUAAAUAAAUUUUUUCUGACGAAAACAAUCUUUUGUAUUCAUUGAAAUAAUCAAACUUAGUAAUUUAAUAAACCAAACAAUAUUUAUCCGUGUUUGCAUUAAUCAUCAUGGUCUUCAAUAAAUUCACAUAUGUUAUUAUUAUUAUCAGCUUUAUUCAAUAUUAUAUUUUUGGUACAAUAUAGAAUUC